AUGAACCAUUCCGCCCUGGGCGGAGGCAGCCUAAUCGAUGAGCAAUGGAUACUUACCGCAGCUCACUGCCUAACCUUGAACGUGCAAUACCAAAUUGUAUUGGGAAAGCAUAAUCUGGAAGUUGAUGAACCCCAGCAAGUGAUUCAAUCGUCGGCGAAACUCAUUCGACAUCCUUCUUUCGAUUCGAUUAACCCGGUCUACGAUGUCGGCCUCGUUAAACUUGAGACCCCGUUAAGCUUUAGUGCUAAUCACCAAAUAGCGCCCAUAUGUCUACCGUCUGCGAACGAUUUCGAUACGUUUGACGGUAUCGAUUGCGUCGUCUCCGGAUGGGGUCAAACCAGUCUGAACAAUUCCAGGACGGCAAAUAUCCUACAAAAGAUCAUCGUUCGACCGUUAUGCUAUAAACAGUGUCGACGCAUAUGGGGCAUUAAUAGGAGUGUUCUUUGUGGACAACCUAUAACUCAAGGCACAGCGUAUAAGGGCGAUUCAGGCGGUCCCCUACAGUGUUUAGUUAACGGUCGUUAUGUGCUUGUUGGCGUUACAAGUUUUAUAGAUGAAAACUUGUUAGAACCGUCCGGCUUCGCACGUGUUAGUGAAAUCAUCCAGUGGAUUAACGAGAUGCGCAGAGGACCGGACGUCUAAACGACCUGGGAUACUUAGAAUUUUCUGUUUCCCCGCCAGGCAUUUAGGAACUGCUUUUGUCAUGAAAAGCGUAAUGGCGCACACUAUGGAAGGAAAUUCAUCCAUUAA